AUGAAUGUUUUUCAAGCGUCCGAAAAACCACAACACAGAGAUAUGUUCAGUGUUCAGUCCGCACCCGAGGACCAGAUCUCUACACAGAACCUCUACUGCUCGUCAGCAUUGCAGUCCGCACCCGAGGACCGGUUCUCUACACAGUACAUCUACAGCUCGUCAGCAUCGCAGUCCGCACCCGAGGACCGGUUCUCUACACAGUACAUCUACUGCUCGUCAGCAUCGCAGUCCGCAUCCGAGGACCAGUUCUCUACACAGUACAUCUACUGCUCGUCAGCAUCGCAGUCCGCACCCGAGGACCGGUUCUCUACACAGUACAUCUACUGCUCGUCAGCAUCGCAUUCCGCAUCCGAGGACCGGUUCUCUACACAGUACAUCAACUGCUCGUCAGCAUCACAGUCCGCACCCGAGGACCGGUUCUCUACACAGUACAUCUACAGCUCGUCAGCAUCGCAGUCCGCACCCGAGGACCAGUUCUCUACACAGUACAUCAACUGCUCGUCAGCAUCGCAGUCCGCACCCGAGGACGGGUUCUCUACACAGUACAUCAACUGCUCGUCAGCAUCGCAGUCCGCACCCGAGGACCGGUUCUCUACACAGAACAUCCACUGCUCGUCAGCAUCGCAGUCCGCACCCGAGGACCAGUUCUCUACACAGAACAUCUACUGCUCGUCAGCAUCACAGUCCGCACCCGAGGACCGGUUCUCUAGACAGUACAUCUACAGCUCGUCAGCAUCGCAGUCCGCACCCGAGGACCAAUUCUCUACACAGUACAUCAACUGCUCGUCAGCAUCGCAGUCCGCACCCGAGGACGGGUUCUCUACACAGUACAUCUACUGCUCGUCAGCAUCCCAGUCCGCACCCAAGGACCGGUUCUCUUCACAGAACAUCUACUGCUCGUCAGCAUCGCAGUCCGCACCCAAGGACCGGUUCUCUUCACAGAACAUCUACUGCUCGUCAGCAUCGCAGUCCGCACCCGAGGACCAGUUCUCUACACAGAACAUCUACUGCUCGUCAGCAUCGCAGUCCGCACCCGAGGACCAGUUCUCUACACAGUACAUCUACUGCUCAUCAGCAUCCCAGUCUGAUACAGAGGACCAGUCCUCCACACUUUAA